CGACUCCUUCCGCGGGGUGAGAGGUCAGCGGAGCUCCGGUCUGCAGGGGCAGCAAUGGCGGGUCUCUGUGUCGGGGAGGCAGCGCUGGUCACAGCAGGACGGCGUGGACGGCGGUGGCCGCAGCCACUGUUGCGGAGCGCGGCGCUAUGGACCCUGAAGCAUGUUCCACAUUAUUCAAGACAGCAUUUAGUGGUGUCUCGUAGUCUUUGUUCAGCGGCAUAUGAUUCUAAUGAAAAAACUUUUGAUAAAAUUCUUGUUGCUAAUAGAGGAGAAAUUGCAUGUAGGGUUAUUAAAACUUGCAAGAAGAUGGGCAUUAAGACGGUUGCCAUCCACAGUGAUGUUGAUGCUAGUUCUGUUCACGUGAAAAUGGCGGAUGAGGCGGUCUGUGUUGGCCCAGCUCCCACCAGUAAAAGCUACCUCAACAUGGAUGCCAUCAUGGAAGCCAUUAAGAAAACCGGGGCCCAAGCUGUACAUCCAGGUUAUGGAUUUCUUUCAGAAAAUAAAGAAUUUGCCAAAUGUUUGGCAGCAGAAGAUGUCGUUUUCAUUGGACCUGAUACACAUGCUAUUCAAGCCAUGGGUGACAAGAUUGAAAGCAAAUUAUUAGCUAAGAACGCAAAGGUUAACACAAUCCCUGGCUUUGAUGGAGUGGUCAAGGAUGCAGAUGAAGCUGUCAGAAUUGCAAGGGAAAUUGGCUACCCUGUUAUGAUCAAGGCCUCAGCAGGUGGUGGUGGGAAAGGCAUGCGAAUCGCUUGGGAUGAUGAAGAGACCAGGGAUGGUUUUAGAUUUUCAUCUCAAGAAGCUGCUUCUAGUUUUGGUGAUGAUAGGCUACUAAUAGAAAAAUUUAUUGAUAACCCUCGUCAUAUAGAAGUCCAGGUUUUAGGUGAUAAACAUGGGAAUGCUUUGUGGCUCAAUGAAAGAGAGUGCUCAAUUCAGCGAAGAAAUCAGAAGGUGGUAGAGGAAGCACCAAGCCUUUUUCUGGAUUCUGAGACUCGAAGAGCAAUGGGAGAACAAGCUGUAGCCCUUGCCAAAGCAGUAAAUUAUUCUUCUGCUGGAACCGUAGAAUUCCUUGUGGACUCAAAAAAGAAUUUUUAUUUCUUGGAAAUGAAUACGAGGCUCCAGGUUGAGCAUCCUGUCACAGAAUGCAUUACUGGCCUGGACCUAGUCCAAGAAAUGAUCCGUGUUGCCAAGGGUUACCCUCUCAGGCACAAACAAGCUGAUAUUCCCAUCAACGGCUGGGCAGUUGAAUGUCGGGUUUAUGCCGAGGACCCCUACAAGUCUUUUGGUUUACCGUCUAUUGGGAGAUUGUCUCAGUACCAAGAACCACUGCAUCUACCUGGUGUCCGGGUUGAUAGUGGCAUCCAACCAGGAAGUGAUAUUAGCAUUUAUUAUGAUCCAAUGAUUUCAAAAUUAAUCACAUAUGGUUCUGAUAGAAGGGAAGCACUGAAAAGAAUGGAAGAUGCACUGGAUAAUUAUGUUAUUCGAGGUGUUACACAUAAUAUUGCAUUACUUCGAGAGGUGAUAAUCAACUCACGCUUUGUAAAAGGAGACAUCAACACUAAAUUUCUUUCUGAUGUGUAUCCUGAUGGCUUUAAAGGACACCAGUUAACAGAGAAUGAGAGAAACCAGUUAUUGGCAAUAGCUUCAUCCUUGUUUGUGGCAUCCCAAUUAAGAGCACAUCAUUUUCAAGAAGAUGAAAAUUCAAGAGUGCCUAUUGUAAAACCACAAGUGGCCAACUGGGAGCUCUCAGUAAAAUUGCAUGAUGAAGUUUAUACUGUCGUAGCAUCCAACAGUGGGCCAACAUUCUCUGUGGAAGUUGAUGAGUCGAAACUAAAUGUGACCGGCGCGUGGAACCUGGCUUCACCCUUAUUGUCUGUCAACGUUGAUGGCACGCAGAGGAUGAUACAGUGUCUUUCUCGAGAAGCAGGUGGCAACAUGAGCAUUCAGUUUCUUGGCACCGUGUACAAGGUGCAUAUCCUAACCAAACUUGCCGCAGAAUUGAACAAAUUUAUGCUGGAAAAAGCGGCUGAGGACACAAGCAGUAUUCUGCGCUCCCCAAUGCCUGGCAUGGUGGUGGCCGUCUCUGUCAAGCCUGGGGACCUGGUAGCAGAAGGUCAGGAAAUUUGUGUGAUUGAAGCCAUGAAGAUGCAGAACAGUAUGACAGCUGGGAAAACUGGCAAGGUGAAAUCGGUGCAUUGUAAAGCUGGAGACACAGUUGGAGAAGGAGAUCUGCUAGUGGAACUGGAAUGAAGUAUUUAUAGCCUUUCAGUCAUCACCCGAUUUAAUUAGCCAUUCGUAUUAUUGUUAUUUCACACUCAAUUUAUUCAAGCGUUUUGCAGGAACACCCCUGUGUAGCAGAUUUUACAUGGUCAUAUUUAUUCCACAUAUAGUCAAGACCAACAUUCUGCCAAAAAAUCACCAAUGGAAAUUUUUAUUGAUAUAUAAAUACUUGUACAUAAGAUUUGUACUUCUGGGCUUCCCUGGCAGCGCAGUGGUUGAGAGUCUGCCUGCCGAUGCAGGGGACGCAGGUUCGUGCCCCAGUCUGGGAAGGUCCCACAUGCCGCGGAGCGUCUGGGCCCGUGAGCCAUGGCCACUGAGCCUGCGCGUCCGGAGCCUGUGCUUCGCAGCGGGAGAGGCCACAACAGUGAGAGGCCCGCAUACCGCAAAAAAAAACAAAAAAAAAAGAUUUGUACUUCUGCUGUGAGAUUUCCUAGUGUCAAAAUUAAAUCAAUAAAACUGAACAUUUGUCUAAAUAUUAGUUUGCCCUUUUUUUGAAUGAAGACAAUAUACAUAAGAGGCUAUGGGCUGUGCCAGUAGACUUUAAAUACUAGUGUUUCAUCAGGAUCCUUUUUAAAAAUUUAUAUAAAUCCCAGUUCUUGGCCCUCAGUUUCGUUGUUAGCAUUUGCCACUUUGUAACCUGAUUACCUGCUUCAUCCUGCUUGAGGACCUAACUCCUGCUUCUGGUCGUUCAUAACCUCCCGAAGCCCAGACAGCGCAGAUGAUGGUCCUGGAAAUCCCUCCUGUGUGGCUCUAACGAUGCAGUUACAGAUCACAGUCUACCGUUAAGUUGAAGAGCGAGUGAGCUCUCCCAGUGGAGAACGAGCUUAACUCGGAACCAGCCGCUGCGUUUUCACCUGGCUCUGAAAUUCGCAGAAUACAUUUCGUACUUUGCUGGUAAGGAAGUAGAGGCAGAGUCCUACGCUGAUUUGACUCUAACCCUGACAGAUUAUCAGAUGGAGGUGGGUAGUAAUUGGUACUUCGUGCCUUGCUAAAAUUAUUUUAGGUGCUGUUUGUAUUUGGAAGCGAAGCUUUCUGUCAGGCCUGAAAAACAAAUUACUAAUGUGUUGGUUCUUCUCCAAAAGGCCCGCCCCCAAACGCUGCUCACUUGUGGGGGCAGGGACCGCGCCUUGCCCUGCGCUCCCGUGAGCUUCCGUCUGAAACUGGGCUGUUCAGCUGCUCUGCCAGCAAGUGGGCGCUUGCUAUUUUGCUAGAUGAGAAUGAAAAGAACCUUCUACCAAAUAAGGAGACUUAAAAAGAGGGCCAACAAUAGCACCAAUGCUUUUAAUAUUUGAUUUCCCAAAACAUCUAGUUUAACCUUAAAUGAUCUUUAAUAAUCUCUGUAAUAAAUAAGCCUGAUCUGAAAAUUAUGAAGAAUGAUGUUAUAUAUAUUCAGAAGUACUCUAAAAUACAGCGUGUUUUUCUUGAGGUUCUUUUAUUACAUUGAGACGUCUAAAAUCAACUUUAAAAAAAUUUCUCAGUGCUACAGGUCAGACAGAACUGAUAGAGCAGGGCUGUUAAAAAUCUAGCUGCCACACAAAGUCUUUAUAUUCAUUUUAAAUGUUAUCUUCAAACUAAAGCAAAGCAAAGGAAAAAACAAAAAACACCAACAUAAUAAAAGCAUAACAUGAGUUUUCAAAAUGUCAUUUAGGGGAAUUAAAAUCCUGAGUUUUUCUCAUCCAGUACGUUCAAGCCCAUGAUGCUCUUUAAGCAGCAAGCAAUAAAGCAGCAUCAGCAAGACAGAUUUCAGGAAACAAUCUUGUUAUUAGUCAUGUCAAAAUUAUUUGGGAAAUCGGCUGCCCCACCCCCCCACCCCCCAUAGAGAUUUAUAAAUGUUCGUUUCAAAGGGUGUUCUCGGGCUUUUGCAUUCAGUGAGUGCGGACCAGUGAGGCCAUCUUCCAACCACCAGGCUCUCGGUCCUCGGGCGGCCGUUCCCCUCGCACUUCUCAUCUGCUUUCCCGCGGACUAUAGCGAAGCCCAUGCUCCCCCUGUGAGUCGUAAUCGUCGUGGUACGGGAGGUGGACCCACUCGGGCGGGUAGGUGGCCGUGCUGUACACGAAGCACUGUAGGGUCCCGCCCGCCCCCUCAACAGCGACUGUCACCCGGGUGCGCUGGUACAUGUCCGGGCAGCCUUCGAACUCGUCCAGAAAGCGCAGCAUCUGCUCGUCCACGGCGUAGACCUCCCCAGCCACUCGGCGCCCCUGGCCCGGCAGGUUCAGCAGCCACGGGAUGUUGCGCUGCCCCGCGAUCACCAGCGGGUACGGCUCGACCGUGCGACCCCAGCCCCGGAAGGCCGCGCGACCGUGGGCGCUCUCCAGCAGGACCCGGUGGUUGGGCUGGCCCGUCUUCAGGGUCCCGUACACGAACACGUGAGCCAUGCAGCCGGGAGCUGCGAGCGAGCGAGGACGGACGCACAGGUCCCACGCGGCGGGGAAACGGGUGGCCUCGCCCCGGGCCUCCACUCCCGACCAGACGACACCCUUCCCAGGCAGGGUUCCAGGAAGAGCGACUCGUGUCAGAUGAGGCAGCCCGUCGUGGCGGCAAGCCCUGUAGAAGUGCGGUUUUGUAGAGCAGUUAGUUUUCAGUCUCUUUAAGAGGACUUUAAACAGUAAAUAUUACAGAAAAGUAAAAAUAACGAUAAGCAAAUAGAAACAUAUAUAUAUAUAUAUACACACACACACACGUGUAUAUUUAUAUACAUGAAUAAUCACCUGUCAUCGGCUACCAAAGAGAAUUCCGGUUUCAGCACUAAAUUUACAUUCUGGCCCUGGCAAGACGCAGCAAAACGUUAGCUGCACCUUUCUGUGUUCCUUCCUUCUUCAAGGUCCUAGAGGGUGACACUGCCUCCCUGUGACUCAGCCCAGCGACCGACCUGUCUCCAGUGAGAGAGAAGGUAAAUAUUUACCCCCCUUCCCGGGUCUGGGCCACAGAUUAUUACAUAACCGACCAAAGUGAUUUGUGUAAAAGUGACUCAAACAAAAAUGGAAACGAAAAGUUAAAUGUAUGGGCCCCUCUUCCAAGCCUGGCAUCUAGCUGCCCCGCUUGCCCCCAGCCCUUCAGACACCGAGGGACAUGGCCCCGGUGUGCCAAGCGGGCUCUGCCGCCAGUCACAUGGCCAAGUGGCCCUUGGAGAAGUCACACUUAACUCACAGGACUCGACUUUCUUCCCAGCAAACACGGGCUGGUCUGGGGGUCUGGGCCUCGCCCCACCUCCUCAGGGCGUCCAGGGAGGAUGGGUGGUGCCCACAGGCCAUCACAGCUGCCCACUCGGGCCGACCCUUCCUCUCUGCCGCCUCGGUCUCAGCCGCCAGCCUUCAGCAGGACAGAGACGGGAUGGGAGCUCUCGUUGUAGUGACUGACAGCAGAGGAAGGGCAGAUCGGAGUGGUGAGGCUUAAGCGGCGGCUGCCCAGGUAUGCAAGUCAAGCUGUGAAUGAGGAGAGCCUGGACUCGGAGGUGCAGGGGCCGAGGAGGCGGCAGGCCCACUGCUGCUGCGGGAGGGCGUGCCUGGGAGGAUGGAGAGAUGGAGCGGGGGGCCUAGGGCGGGCGGGAGCCCAGCCAGCCCCGCCUUCCCUCUCCCACACUUGCAUCCGCCUUCCAGCAUGUUCUGGCAGUAACAACUCCAGGUCAAAGUGGGAUGCACGGCUCCCACCCUCGCCGGGACCGUCCCCCAGAACCCUGGUGGGCCCGCUGCCUGGUCCCUCCGGCCUGUCCCCGUGCAGCCCCCAGGGGCCUGGCCGCACACUCUCCAGGGCUCAGCCUGUUGGGGCCUGUGGCCGUGAGCCCUUGCCUCCCUUUCCAGGUGACACCCUCCCUGAGCGGCACCCACCACAGCCCUCCGUCACCCUGGUUGGCUCUCUUCGUGGCGCAUGUUCUCUAAACCACUGCUUGCCUUGUUCGCUACCAGAACGUGAAGAGUUGAGAGCUCAGCGAAACGGCCCAGUCCCUCAAGGCCGAGUCUCGGGUUGGUGAGGACUGAGGCCACACAGCUGGGCCGGGGCCAGACCAGUUGACACUGGAGGUAUCACAUUGCUCGUCACUCCUGAUCGCUGGUGCUCUCGUGUCCCCGCCCUUUGAUUAGAUUUUAAAGCAACACGUGUCCAUAAGAUAAAGUCAAAUAACUUCACAAGGAAACUAAAAUCCCUACCCAUUCCCACUCCCUUGAAGAGACCUGUUUAAGCCCCUGAACUGUUGUUGCAUUUGGUAUUUGUCUCCACGUUGUUGGUUAUACCGCUGCUUCCCGAUGUUUUAAAUUGUCUGCCUUCCUACCCAAAGCAGGUGAGCACAGUGGUUUAAAGCACAGACUUUAGAACCAACUUCCCUGGGUUGAAAUCCUGGCUCUGCCACUUAUUAGCUGUGUGACUUUAGGCAAACAACUUAACCUCUCAGUGCCCCGGCUUCCUGGACUGUCAGAGGAGGCAGACAGCCACCUGCCUGGAGGACUGCUGUGGUGGUGCAGGAGUUGACACCCGGGGCCGGUCCCGCCCACUCGGUAAGGCUGCGUCAGACGUUCCUGCUAUAGAGCCUGGCGCCUGCCUCUCGCCCCACAUUCCUCCAAUAGGCUCACAUCACAAUUUUUGGUCAAAUCCAUAUUCAGUUCAGCAUUAAGACUAUGUAGACACUGUUCUCAGAUAAGGCACAUAGUGUACUAUGAUUAAUUUCCUUUCUUGGACUUCUUGUUUUUUUUGGAAUUGAAAAUUACUUCGGCCUUUUUUCCUUUUUUGCGCUUUGCUCCAGUUCCUCUGACAGCCUCCGGCCUCAUGUUUUCUGAAGGCACCUGAGGAACCCUUUCGGCCCUGACCCCCCGCGGCUUCCAUUCCUCCCGGGAGCUGUGGCUCCCGGCGGCCUCCCUGCUCCAGCCUGGUCUGCAGUGCAUCCCACGCUUCUCCCAGAGCCCUGUCCCUGCGUCCCACGGCCCCUUCUUGGUUGACUCCCUCAUUUUACUGAAGCUUGUUCUUUCCCAACCUCACUUAACAGUGUAACUAGGUGAGAUUUCUCACUGCUUUCUUCCAGAAUUUUGAAGUCGUUUCUUCCUUGUCUUCUGAUGCUCCCGUUCAUGCUGAGACAUCCAGGGCCAUUGGGACCCACAACCACUUGUACGGGACUCAGGUUCUUCUCUGGAGGCUCCUAGGGGCUUCUUUUCGCCCUUGGAUUGUGAGGUUCUAUAAUAAGGAGUCUCCAUGUGGGAUUUUUUCAUUCAUUGUGCCAGAAACUUCCAUCUGAAGACUCAUUAUCUUGGGUCCUAGGAAUUUUCUUCCCUCUCCUUCCUUCCUGUUCUCUUUCUGGGUCUCCAGAACUCAGAUGUUGCAUAUCCUGGAUUAAUCUCCCACUUUUCUUUUUGUAGUCUAUUAUCUUCCAGCACUUCUAUUAUUUUGAAAAAUAUUUUUGCCACCAUAUUUAUUUCCAAGAUCUUUUUCCUGUUCCCUCAUUUCGUCAGCAUCCAGUUCUUUCUCAGCAUAAUCCCAUCUCUCCUCAUCAUGAAUUUGGAGGGGUUUUAAGUUUAUCUUUCCCAGUAUUGCCUCUACUUCUCCUAAAUUCCUGUCUUCUCCUUGUUUUAUGUUUCUUUAAGAGGUUUUCUUCAAGCAUCUCAGUAUCCUUGGCUGGCCUUUCACGUGGAAAGUGGGACACCAUGCAGGAAGCUGUGUGUGAGGGGGAGCCUGUCGACUGGCCGGCCUGGCGUGAGGGCUGGAUAAUGGAAUCCACAGGAAUGUGGACUCCUCUCCCUCCCCGUCUGUCUUUAGGGUGCCCCUCGCCUGCACCCUUGGCUGGGCCUGGUCCUCCCGACACCAGACUUCCCGCUAAGCUUCUCCUGACAGUAACCCACCCUUGCCCUGCUGGGCAGAGGGACGGUCGGGGUCUCUGCUUCCCGCUCAAACGGCCCCCUCCUCCUUUUCCACCCCUCACCCCGCCCUCACACGACUACAGGGCAGCAGUGGGAGCUUCCCUGGCGUCCGGGGCGCUGCUGGCGGGCUCCCCAGCAGGGAUUUAGGUUUCCGGUGUCUCGAGGCUGCUGAGUCAGCCAGCACUCAUCUCUCUAUCUAUCUUCCAGAAUCUCGUUGCCCUCUCCCAUCUGUUGUCUUCAUGGGUCACGGGGAGUGGCCUUUAGGGACAGAGCGGGGAUAAAGGAGCCUGUUCCUCGCACCACUGCACCACCGGGCCUUCCCUCACGGGGCCCCGGCUCGGCCACUGUGUCCUUCUGGAGGCUCGACGUGGGACAGGAAGCAGCAGUGCCUCAGGAGCUGCUUGCUUAGACGGGUGGUGAGAAGAGUUCACUAGGGUACCGGAGACGGGAGUGUGUCGCCAAGAGAAAGCCAGUAAUGUAGCAACUCUGGGGACCAGAGAGGCUGGUGACGGCCAGUUUACACUCCCACCUACAGUGCACAAGGGUUCCAAUUUCUCCACAUCCCCACUGGUACUUAUUUCCUCCCUUCCUCCCUUCUCUCUCUCUCUUUUUUUAUAGUGGCCAUCCUAAAGGGUGUGGGGUGGUAUUUCACUGUGGGUUUUUUUAAAUUUUUUUAUUGGCGUAUAGUUGAUUUACAAUGUUGUGUUAGUUUCAGGUGUACAGCAAAGUGAUUCAGUUAUACAUAUUCAUAUAUUCAUUCUUUUUCAGAUUCUUUACCCAUAUUGGUUAUUACAGAAUAUUGAGGAGUUCCCUGUGCUAUACAGUGCUAGCACCCAAGAGGAAAGGAGAUGCUUCCCGGCCCGGUGUCCCCCUGGGGGCCUGAGAUCGAGCUCUGCACCCGCCUGGUCCCCGCCCCCCGCAGCUGAGGGGCCCUGUCCUUCCCCAAGCUGCAGGCUGAGCCCUCCUCUCCUCCACGAAAAAGGAGAGGUGCCAGUGCAAUCCAGCUCCACCCAGAUCUUCGGGGAAGACACAGCCCAGCAGAAACUGGCUGAAGCGCAGUUUGUUAUUUUCACCUAUUGCCCUGGGAGAAGGGAAGAAACUUUGUCCUUAUGGGGACUGUCGACGGAUCUCCGAGAACUUGCCAAUCCUCCAGCAGCCCCACAAGGUACAUAUUAUUGUCCCAUUUCACACGUAGAAACUGAAGCUCAGAAGAGUUAAUUAACCAGAACAGCACAGCUAUUAAAUGGAAGGGCCUGGAUUUAAAGUCAAGGCUUAAUCCAAAAUCUCUACAACUCCUCCCAAUACAUGCUGCGGUCAACUAGGAGAAACACACAUUGCUGCCAUUUCUUAGUGGCAGAAAUACUGAAGCUCUCAUUGGUGUUCAUAGCAAAUGAGGGCUGUGAAAUGUGAAAGAUGAUAAACUGCCUGCAACUCCCUACCUGUCACUCCUGGGGGAGGGGCUGUGCUUUAAGCCCUGCUCUUUGCAGCUUACAGACCAAAGCCCGGUUUAAAGUUUUUGUAAGGCAAGGAGUGAUCCACCAGCCACCAAGUUUCUGUUACUGUCACCUGCCCAGCGUUCAGUACCUCCAGGCUAGUUGAAGGUUAUUCAUUCACCCACUCAUUCAGUAGUUUCUGAGCAACUACUUGGGCCAGGCAUUGUGCUAAGCGCCAGGAACACGAUGAUAAACGAAACAGCCCUUGUUUUUAAGGAGCCGUGGCCUGAGGAGGCAGAUACACUAAAAGAUGAUUAUAAGACAAACUGUGGGCAGGGGGUGGGGGAGGAGGGAGGAGACAUGUACGGGGAAGCAGGGCAUCACAUGUCCUAAAGGAGAGCACUGCCUGAAGAGCAGAGGCUUCCAGGAGAUGCAGGCAACAGGCAGGCACGGGUCGGGGUGGUCUGAGUCGUGGGGACAGCUGGGCACCCCUGGGCGCCAGGAGCACUGGAGAAGGGGCCAAGGAGGGAGGCUGGGGCUCUGGAUUUCAGCUCCAUGUGAUGGGGGUAAUGAAGGGCAGCAGGUAAGCCUGCGAAGUGACAGGGCAAGAUUUUGGGUUUUAGAAAAUGAUCUAGUGCAACCGCAGUGGAAGACCAUUUGGCGGCAUCUAUAAAAGCUAAGCCUCUGCGGACCCAGCCACCCGGCAGCUCCACUCCAGGCAGAGGUGCCGCAGAAAGGCGGAUGCAGGUUCACCAAAAAGACACUUACGAGAAUAUUCCGAUCAGCACCAUUUAGAAUGGCCCAAAACUAGACGCUACCUAAAUGUCCCUCAACAGUAAAGUGGGCUAAUGAACAGCGGUAAACUGAGAAAAACGCUACAGCAAUGAAAACGGACAAGGUUGUUCUGUGUAACACGCAUAAACCUCAAAGCAGUGCUGAGUGAGAGUCAGACAAAAACAGCAUAUACUGAGUGAUUAUAUAUUUACUUUUUUUAAAAAAUGAAUUAGUGAAUUAAUUUUUUUGGCUGCGCCGUGAGGCUUGUGGGAUCUUAGUUCCCUGUCCAGGGAUUGAACCCAGGCCCGUGGCAGUGAAACCGCCAAGUCCUAACCACUGGACUGCCAGGGAAUUCCCAUGAUUGUAUUUACACGGAGGUAAAUCACAGCCCGACUAAUCUCUGCUGCUGGAUGUCAGGACAGAGGUUACUGCUGGGAGGAAAGCGAUGCCUAGAAGGUCAUGAGGACAACCUGAUCUAGGGUCUGGGUGCAUGGGUGUGCUCCAAUUAUGAAAAUCCAUCAAGCUAUCUGAUUUCUACACUUCUCUGAUGUGUGUUAUGCUUUCAUAAAAUAUUACAUUACAUUUAAAGAACACAUACAGUAACAGAGUAAAGAUUUGUGAGGACAAGACUUAAAACACACAGGAAACCACAGCGUACAAGACAAAGAUACAUAAUGAAGUGCUACACGUAAGUUAGUGGAGGUCAGAGGUGAGGGAGACCCAGGCUUCACAGAAGUGGCCUGGCCUGAGAUGGAUGGAGAAGCAGAUGUCCCCCAGGCCGUGAAAUGGGAGGUGCCCCUACUCCACACCCCUCCAGGGCAUAAGAGCUAAGGAAGGAUCCCCAGAGGGACAGAGGCUCCAAGGCAUAUCACAGUUACUCUCAGCUUGAAGAAACUCCUAUCAUGGAAUGAUACCAACUGGAAGCAAACAGAUAAACCCAGAAUGUGAAACAUUCUGUAGAAGAAAUUUUUUUGAAAGUAAGGGUGGGACUUCCCUGGUGGCACAGUGGUUAAGAAUCCGCCUGCCAAUGCAGGGGACACGGGUUCCAUCCCUGGUCCAGGAAGAUCCCACAUGCCGCAGAGCAACUAAGUCCGUGCGCCACAACUACUGAAGCCCGCGCUCCAGGGCCGCAAGCCACAACUACUGAGCCCGCAUGCCGCAACUACUGACGCCCACGUGUCUAGAGCCCGUGCUCCACAACAAGAGAAGCCACUGCAACGAGAAGCCCGCACACCACGAUGAAGAGUAGACCCUGCUCGCCGCAACUAGAGAAAGCCUGUGCACAGCAAUGAAGACCCAACGCAGCCAAAAUAAAUAAAUUAAUUAAUUAAUUAAUAAAAAUAAAUUAAAAAAAUAUAAAAAUAAAAGUAAGGGUGGUUUGCCCUGGAUUAAGAGACCUAAGAUACAUAACAGCCCUGGGUAAGGUGUGGACCUUGUCUGGAUUCUGAUUUGAACGUAUCAACUAUAAAAUGACAUUUCUGAGACAAUCAGGAAAAUCCUACAGGCAUAUGCCUAGGUAAAAGAUGACACCAAGGAAUCACAGUUAAUAUUUUUAGGAAUGGAUAAUGGCAUAUGGUUCUAUUAAAAAAAAAAAAGCUUACUUUUAAGAGAUGCAUAUGGAAGUAUCUGGGGGUUGUGAAAUAUCAUAAUGUGUAGUACUUUAAAACACUUCAAGUAGGGACUUGCCUGGUGGUGCAGGGGUUAAGAAUCCACCUGCCAACAGAGUGGGCACGGAUUGGAUCCCUGGUCCAGGAGGAUCCCACUUGCCACGGAGCAACUAAGCCCAUACGCCACAACUACUGAGCCCAUGCGCCACAACUAAUGAAGCCCGUGUGCUCUAGGGCCUGCGUGCCGCAACUACUGAGCCCACAUGCUGCAACUACUGAAGCCCAUGUGCCUAGAGCCCAUGCUCCACAACAAGAGAAGCCACUGCAAUGAAAAGCCCACGCACCACGACAAAGACCCAAUGCAGCCAAAAAAACAAAAACAAAUGAAAAAACUAAAGCAUCUUUUAAAAAUAAAUAAAUAAAAUAUUCAAGUAAAAAAAAAAAAGGAUUAAUGAAGCAUAUGUGACAAAAUGUUGAUCAUUAUUGACUCCGGGUGAUAGAUAUAUGAGAAUCAUUGUACUAGUUGCUCUACUUUUAUGCCCCUUGCCAAAAAAGAGAAAAUAUGAAUUGCCAACAUAAGAAAUCAAAGACAGGACAUCGACAAACAUUAAAGGGCAAUAAGGGAAUACAGUGAACAACUUUAUACCAGUAAGUUUAACAACUUAAAGUGGAAAAAUUCCUUUAAAGGCACAAACUACCAAAGCUCACUAAAGAAAAAGUAACUAUAACUUUUCUAUAACUUUUACUCAGAGAGGUAGAUGGCUUCACUGGUGAAUUCUACCAAACAUUUAAGGAAUAAAUAAUGCUAGUAUUAAAUAAACUUUUCCAGAGAACAGAAGAGGAAGGAAUACUUCACAACUCCUUUUAUGAGGUCAAUAUUACCCUGAUAACAAAACCAAAUAAAGACGUUCAUAGAAAAGAAAACUACAGGCCAGAUACCUCUUACGAACAUAAAUGCAAAAAAGUCCUGAACAAAUAAAUAUUAGCAAAUCAAAUCUAGCAAUAUAUAAAAAGGAUGAUACAUCAGUACCAAGGACUGUUUCAUCUGAGGAAUGUAAGUUUAAUAUUUCAAAACUAAUCAAUGAAUCACCAUAUUAACAGAUUCAAAGAGAAAGACCUUACAAUGAUCUCAAUAGAUGCAGGACAAGUUAUUUGACAAAAUUCAACAAUUCAUGAUAAAAAUUAUCAGCAAACUAGGAAUAGAAGAGAACUUCCUCAAUCUGAUAAACAGCAUCUAUGAAAAACCUACAGCUAACACCCUUUUUAAUGGUGCAUAAUCAAACACUUCCCCCUUCAGAUUGGAAACAAGGCAGUGUGAUUCCACUCUCUCUACUUCUAUUCAACAUGGGAUAGUGCAGCCUAGCCAGGGUAAUAAAGAAGAAAAGAAUAAAAGGCAUACACUUGAGGAAGAAAUAAAACUAUCUUUGUUUGCAAUUGACAUGAUUGUAUAGAAAAUCCUAAAAAACUGACAAAAAAGCUACUUGAACUAAUAAGUGAAUUUAGCAGAGUCUUAGGCUACAAGAUCCAUAUGUGAAAAUCAACUGUAUUUCUGUGUACUACCAGAGAACUAGUACAUUUUAAAAUAUAAAAUACAUUAAAAAGUGGGAACUUGAAAUUUAAAAAUCCAGUAUCAUUGGCAAUAGCACCAAAAAAUCUGAAAUACUUAUGGACGUUAACAAAAUAUGUGCAUGACCUGUAGCUAAAAAUUUAAAACAUUGUUGAGAGAAAUUAAAUAUAUAACAAGUGGAGAGAUAUACCAUGUUUUCAUGGAUCAGAACUCAAUAUUGUAAAAAUGAUAAUUCUCCCCAAAUUUAAUUAUAGAGUCAACAUAAUCUUAAUGAAAGUCACAAUAGGUUCUGGGUUUUUUGUUGGGUUUUUUUUGGUAGAAAUUGAUGAGCUGAUUCUAAAAUGUAUAUAAAAGCUCAAAGUAGCAAACAGAAUAGCGAAAAUAUUGAAAAAGCUCAACAAAGCUUGUAUUUCAAUAUUUACUAUAGAGCUGUACAUAGAACACUGUGGAAUUAGAGAAAUUACAGACAUCAAAAUCAACGUUGUACUGAGUCACAGGAUGUCCCUCGAUGUUGUCCCCCCGGCCAACAACAAAAAUCAGCAUCCAUCCACAAACAAAAGCACCUCUGUGGGAGCUGUGGGAUCCAGCGCCAUUCGCCAAGGGACCCAGGUGGAGUCUUGCCCACCUGCACAUCAGGUAACAGGGGCUGUGGAACCAGCAGGAACCUGUGAGUGGCUCCAGCCCCUCUCAGCCGCCAUCUCGGAGCACCUGGAGAACACUGACCUGGGCAGUCACCCACGGAUGAGAGAGCCCUGGUGUAAUCCAGGUUUCCAGAGGAGAGGUUCCAGCACUCCACCAGAGCAGGAAAAAAAUGUGUUUGGACACACUGGUCAGGUAAGAGGAACAGCUUGACUAUGCCAGCAUCACCCCUCCCCCAAGGUGGAACACUUAUGGCUAAACAAGACCUUCUCGGCCCAUGAUUUCUCCCCUGGGGAAAAGGGAGAGGGUGAGUGAGCACCCAGCUUCCCCAGCUGUAGGGACACUGCCACAGAGCCUCAUUUCUCUCUCACAGAAUCCACAGUAUUAAAUCAGGGGCUCCAUGACUGGAGGCAGGGAGCAGAUGGGAAGAAGAGCUGAUUAGAUUUUCGGAGGUCAUUAAUUGCUGUCUACAUCAUGGACUCCAUCAGGAAGCCUGUCCACAAGCCCUGGGGAAGCCUCACUCAAGGAUCCUCCCAACUGGCCUGCGGGCACCCCCAGCACCCCGCGUGCCUCACCCACACCUCCUCCCACUCUCAGGCUAGCUCCCUUAACAUGCUCCUGAGAGCGAGAUGUGGUAGAAGGCUAGGGAGAAAACACAAACUUGAGCUGCAGCACCUAUUUUGUGAAAACGAGAGGCUAUCAACAGCCAGCCUAGUGUGUUGUAAGAUCAGGAGAAGACACACAAGCCUAAGAAUUCUGCCAUAAAGGAAAACGGGAGGUGUGGAGCAGGUGUAUUCAUACAAGGUGUAAGGAAGCUUCAGAAUCUCUCCUAAAGGCAGUUAGGAAAGACUGGAGGAGGUGACUGCUACCCCAAAUACGAAAACAGGGACACAAACUCUAAGGAACAUGAAAAAUCAAGGAAAUGUGACAUCACCAAAGGAUCACAAUAAUUUCCCAGUAACCAAAUCCAAAUACAUGGAGAUCUACAAUUUACUCAAUAAAGAAUGAAAAAUAAUUGUUCUGAGAAAACGUGAGCUACAAGAAAACCCAGAAAGGCAAUUCAAAAAACUGAAAUCAGAAAAACAAUAUGCAAACAAGAUGAGAAAAUUAACAGAGAGACAGAAAUUAUAAAAAAGAACCAAAGAGAAAUUCUGGAGCUGAAGAACUCGAAGAAAGAAAUGAAAACUGCAACAGAGAGUACCAACAGCAGAAUAGACCACACAGAAGAAAGAAUCUGUGAGUUAGAUAGGAACUUUGAAAUAACCCAGUGAGAGGAGAAUAAAGAGGAAAGAAUGAAAAACAGAGAAGAGAGCCUAGGUGAAUCAUGAGACACCAUCAAAAGAACUGAUAUAUGAAUUACUGGAGUUCCAGAAAGAGAAGAGAGGGAGAAGGGGGUAGAAAACUUAUUUAAAGAAAUAAUGGCUGAGAAUUUCCCAAACCUGGGGAAAAAAUCUGGACAUCCACAUUCAUAAAGAUAUAGAUCACCCCAUUAUUUCAAUCCAAAAUGAUCUUCUCUAAGACACACUAUAUGAAACUGUCAAAAGACAAAGUGAAAAUCCUAAAAGCAGCAAGAGAAAAGGAGAUUGUAAUCUAUAAAGGAAUACCCAAUUAAGCUAUCAUGUAUUUCUCAUUAGAAACCUUACAGGCCAGGAGAGCGUGGAAUAAUAUAUUCAAAGUGCUGAAAGGAAAAAAAAAAAAAAAACCUGCCAAUGAAGAAUACCCUAUCUGGCAAAGUUAUCCUUCAGAACUGAAGAGAGGACUUCCCUGGUGGCGCAGUGGUUAAGAAUCUGCCUGCCAAUGCAGGGCACAUGGGUUUGAGCCCUGGUCCAGGAAGAUCCCACAUGCCGCGGAGCAGCUAAGCUCGUGUGCCACAACUACUGAGUCUGUGCUCUAGAGCCCACGAGCCACAACUACUGAGCCCGUGUACCACAACUACUGAAGCCUGCGCGCCUAAAGCCCGUGCUCCACAACAAGAGAAGCCACCACACUGAGAAGCACGCACACCGCAACAAAGAGUAGCCCUCGCUCACUGCAACUAGAGAAAGCCCGCACGCAGCAGCAAAGACCCAACGCAGCCUAAAAUAAAUAAAUAAAUAAAUUCUUAAAAAAAAAAAAAAGAAAUGAAGGGAAAAUAAGGAAUUAUCCAAACAGCCAAAAGCUGAGAGAAUUCAUCACUAGACCUGCCGUAUUAGAAAUGCUUUAGUUCUUCAAGCUGAAACGAACAGACUCUAAUCAGUAGCAUGAAAACACAUGAAAAUAUACAAUACACUAGUAAAAGUAAAUACAUAGCCCAAUUUAGAAUACUCUAAUACUGUAAUAUGGUGUGUUAACCACUUAACUGUGGUACAAAGGUUAAAUGGCAGAGUACUAAUAGACUGUUACAUCUAUAAGAUGUUCUAUGUGAGUCCCAUGGUAACCACAAGCAAAAACCUGCAGUAAAUUCACAAAAUAUAAAGAGAAAGGAAUUGGAGCAUACCACCACAGAAAGGCAGCAAGAAAGGAAGAAAGAAACAAGGGAACUAUAAAACAGCCAGAAAACAAUAAGAUGGCAUUAGUUAGUGCUUACCUACCAACAAUUACCUAAAAUGUAGAUUGCAUUUUCCAAUCAAAAGACAUGAAGUGCCUGGAUGGAAUUAAAAAAAACGAGACCCAACUAUAUGCCGCCUACAAGAGAUUCACUUCAGCUUUAAGGACACACAUAAGCUCAAAGUGAAGAGAUGGAAAAAGAUAUUAUGCACCCAACAUGGGAGCACUUAAACAUGUUAAGCAAAUAGGAACAGAUCUGAAUGGUGAAAUAGACAAAACCACAAUAAUAGUAGGUGACUUCAAUACCUCACUUUCAUCAAUGGAUAGAUCAUGCAGACAGAAAAUCAACAAGGAAGCAUUGGACUUGAACCACAGAUUCGACCAAAUGGACCUAACACACAUAUACAGAACAUUCCAUCCAACAGUGGCAGAAUAUAUGAUCUUCUCAAGCACACAUGGAACUUUCUUUAGGAUAGAUUAUAUGUUAGGUCACAAAACAAGUCUUAGCAAAUUUAAGAAGAUUGAAAUCAUAGCAAGUAUCUUUUCUGACAACAGUGGUAUGAAACUAGAAAGCAACAACAGGAGGAAACCUGGAAAAAUUUAUAAAUAUGUGGAAAUUAAGUAAUACACUCUUGAACAACCAGUUAGUCAAAGAAGAAAUCAAAAGAAAAAAAUUUUAAAUCUUCAAGCAAAUAAAUGAAAAUGGAAACACAAUAUACCAAAAUCUAUGGGAUACUGCAAAAGCAGUUUUAAGUUUACAGUGAUAAAUGCCUAUAGUAAGAAAAAAGAAAGAUCUCAAACAACUAACUCUACACCUCAAGGAAUGAGGAAAAGAAAAACAAAUUAAACCCAAAGUUGGAAGAAAAAAGGAAUAACAAAGAUCAGAGCAAAAAUAAAUAAAAUAGAGACCAGAAAAAUAAUAGAACAACAAAAGUUAAAACCUGUUUUUCUAAAAGAUAAAAUUGACAAACCUUUAGCUGGACUAAGAAAAAAAGAAGAACUCUAGUAAAUAAAAUGAAAGACAUUAUAACUGAUUCCACAGAAAUACACAGGAUCACAAGAGUCCACUGUUCCCAAAGCUAUGUGUAGAUUCAAUGGAAUCCCUAUCAAAAUCCCAAUGGCAUUUUUCACAGAAAUAGAAAAAAAAAAUCCUAAAACCUGUAUGGAACCACAAAAGACCCCAAGUAGUCAAAGCAGUCCUGGGAAAGAAGAACAAAACUGGAGGCAUCAUACUGCCUGAUUUCAAGCUAUACUACAAAGCUACAGUAAUUAAAACAGUAUGGUAGUGGCAUAAAAAUAAGCACAAAGACGAAUGGAACACAGUUGAGAGCCCAGAAAUAAAUCCCAGCAUAUAUGGUCAAGUAAUAUUGACAGGGAGCCAAGAAUACACAACUGGGAAAGCACAGUCUCUUCAAUAAACGGUGUUAGGAAAACUGGAUAAUCACAAGCAGAAAAAUAAUAUUGGACCCUUAUCUUACACUACUCACAAAAAGCAACCUGAAGUGGAUUAAAGACUUAAACGUAAGACCUAAAACUGUAAAACCUCCUACAAGAAAACACAGGGAAAAAACUCCUUGACACUGGUCUUGGAAACAAUUUUUUAGAUAUGACACCAAAAGCACAAGCAACAAAAGCAAAAAUCAGUUAAGUGAAACUAUAUCAAACUAAAAAGCUUCUGUACAGCAAAAGAAACAGUCAAUAGAAUGAAAAGGCAACCUACGGAAGGGGAGAAAAUAUUUGCAAACUAUAUAUCUGAUAAGGGGUUAAUAUCCAAAAUAUAUAAAGAAUUUAUACAACUCAACAACAACAACAACAAAAUCCAAUUUUUAAAUGGGCAGAGGAACUGAACAGACAUUUUUCCAAAGGCAUACAGGUACAUGAAAAGGUGCUCAACAUCACUAAUCAUCAGGGAAAUGCAAAUCAAAACCAUAAUGAGAUAUCACCUCACACCUGUUAGAAUGGCUAUCAUCAAGAAGAGACAACAAGUGAGGAUGUGGAGAGAAGGGAACCCUUGUACACUGUUGGUAGGAAUGUACAUUGGUUCAGCCACUAUGGAAAACAAUAUGGAGCCUCCUCAAAAAGUCAAAAAUAGAACUACCGUAUGAUCCAGUAAUUCCACUUCUCGGUAAAUAUGCAAAGGAAGUGAAGACAGGAUAGCGAAGAAAUACCUGCACUCCCAUGUUCAUUGCAGCAUUUUUCACAACAGCCAAGAUAUGGAAACAACCUAAGUGUCUGUCAACAGGUGAACAGAUAAAGAAGGUUUGUGUGUGUGUGUGUGUGUGUGUGUGUGUGUGUGUGUGUGUGUAAUAUUAUUUAGCUAUGAGAAAGAAGGAAAUCCUGCCAUUUGCAACAACAUGCAUGGACCUUAAGGACCUUACGCUAAGUGAAAUAAGUCAGACAGAGAAAAGACAAAUACUGUAUGAUCUCACUUAUAUGUGGAAUUUUAAAAAGCCAACCUUGUAGAAACAGUGAGUAGAAUGGUGGUUACCAGGGGCUGGGGGGUUGGGGGAAAUGGGGAGAUGUUGGUCAAAGGAUAUAAAUAUCCAGUUAGAAGACAAAUAAGUUCUGGAGAUGUAACACACAGCAUUGUGAAUAUAGUUAACAAUACUGUAUUAUAUACUUGAAAGUUGUUGAGAGAGUAGAUCUUAAAUGUUGUCACCACAAAAAAGAAAUGUAAUUAAGUGACACGAUAAACGUGUUAGCUGAUAUUAAGAUGGUAGUCAUAUUGCAAUAUAUAAGUGUAUCAGAUCAACACAUUAUACCUUAAACUUAUAAAAUGUUAUAUGUCAGUUAUAUCUCAACAAAGCUGGAAAAAAAUCAAUGAAAUAUUCUUUAGGGGGUGAUGAAAAUGUAAAAUUAGACAGUGCUGGUGGUUGCACAAACUUGUGAACAUACUAAAAACCAAUGAAUUGUACACUUUGAUAUGGUGAAUUUUAUGGUAUGUGAUUUAUAUCUCAAUAAAAAUAACUGGUAAAAAUAAAUCAGUGGAACAGAAUAGAGUCCAGAGGUAGACCCACACUUGUAAUGGCCAAUUGUUUCUGAUAAAAGUGCCAAGGUAAUUCAAGGUGAAUGGACAGUCUUUGAAACAAAUGGUGCUGAAAAAUAGGAUACCCAUAUACAAAAAAAAAAAAAAAAAAAGAA